AUGCCCAGUCGCUGGGCCGAGCUCCGGGGCUACUUUGGCUGCCCUCAAGCAACAUGGCGGCCUGCGCCUCGGCGCGACCCACCCCCACCAGUAUGGCGCCCGGGCAGUCCACCCCGCGCCCCGCCCCGCCCCGGCCUCUUUUUGCCCACACCCAAUAGGGCCCCCGCGGCGUCGGUCACGUGGGCCUGGGAGUACGGCGCGGGAGAGGGGCCGGGCGGGCGGGCUAGUGCAGGGUGCGCGCUCCCGCGAUCGGCCGUCCGUCCGUCCCGCUGGUCGGAAAGUUUGGCGGCGGCGCCGCGUGAGCCGGGGCGGGCGGCCGGAGAGGGCCCCGCAGGCCAGCGUUCGAGGCAGCGAGAGAGCCCGGAGGAGCGGCGACUGAGGGGGCCAGCCGCCGAGCCCAGCUCCCCCCACCCCGUCCUCGGCCCCCCACGCGCCGCCGCGGACACGCGGGAAGCCCAGCCCGGGCCGCCUCCGACGCGCGAUGCGCGGUCCCCGCUAGCGCGAGCGCGGUUGGGACGAGCGAGCGAGGAGCCCACGGGCGAGCGAGCGAGGCAGCCCACGGGGAGGGGGCUCCCGCUCCAUGCGGCAGGGUCACUGCCGCCGCGCGAGACCCGGUCCCGCCGCGUGUCCCCGCGGGCUCGAGUGACUCCCGGAGCGGCCGCGGGUGGAUGCGGGACGCCCCCUCCAAUGCGGUUGGAGCCCCUGGGUGCUGAGCCCCAGGGGGAUGGAGUGAGGGGCGCCCCCCACGCGCGCUCCUGCCGCUGCGCCUGCUGCGGGGCCCCGCACCCCGGCCAUGCCCGGACCGCUCCCACGGUGGUGACCGACGGCGACCCCGGCGUGCGCUCGGGGCUGAUGCUGCCUGGGCUCUGAUCGACCCUGCUUCGGGGGGGGGUGGGAGGGGACGCGCGUGGCGUGGCUGGCGUGGCUCAGGAGGAGCUCCUCUUCGGACCCGGGCCUGGCUGGA